CGCGCUGAAGAGGGUACGUGGCAGUGACGUUGACUGCCCGCCCUCUUUUCGGAUCGUUUGUUCCUUCGUUCCUGGGGCCGGUGUUUUGGACCUGAGGAGCCAGACAGCGCCGGGCGUCGGAAUCACGUCUCCGAGUCCGCACCAGGUUAUGUGCCUCCAUGACUACGAGGAAACGCCACGGCUCUAGAAACACCGAUCAAGGCGUUUACCUGGGGCCUUCCCAGACGCAGGUUCUGCCCCCGCUCACCACUGCCACCGCUCCAGCAGCACCCCCUCCUCUCUCGCUGGACACCAUGUCGUGUCAAGAUCGCACCGAGGAGUUCCUCUCCGCCUGCAAGUCCUUGCAAAGCAGACAGAAUGGGCUUCAGCUGAACAAACCGGCGUUGAACGCUGUACGGCAAAGGAGCGAAUUCACUGUCAUGGCCAAGCGCAUUGGGAAGGAUCUCAGCAACACUUUCGCCAAGCUGGAGAAGUUAACGAUCUUGGCCAAGCGGAAAUCCCUGUUCGAUGACAAGGCGGUGGAGAUCGAGGAGUUGACCUACAUUAUCAAACAGGACAUCAACAGCCUGAACAAGCAGAUUGCGCAGCUGCAGGAGUUCGUCCGGGCCAAAGGCAGCCAGAGCGGGCGGCACGUGCAAACCCAUUCCAACACCGUGGUGGUGUCGCUGCAGUCCAAGCUGGCCUCCAUGUCCAACGAUUUCAAGUCUGUCCUGGAGGUGCGAACAGAGAAUCUCAAACAGCAGAAGACUCGCCGAGAACAGUUUUCCCGUACGCCGGUGUCCGCCAUGCCCCUCUCCACAAACAAUCUAGGUGGAGCUGCGGUGCUUCAGGAUGAACCCCGGCGCUCGGGGGAUGUGGCUAUCGAUAUGGACAACCGGAUGAGCCAGCAGUUGCAGCUCAUUAAUGAACAGGACUCAUACAUUCAGAGCCGGGCAGAUACCAUGCAGAACAUCGAAUCCACUAUUGUUGAGCUGGGCUCCAUAUUCCAGCAGUUGGCACACAUGGUCAAAGAGCAGGAGGAGACUAUCCAGAGAAUCGAUGCCAAUGUGGAAGACGCCCAGCUGAACGUUGAGGGUGCGCACACGGAGAUCCUGAAAUACUUCCAGUCUGUCACUUCCAACCGCUGGCUCAUGGUGAAGAUCUUCCUCAUCCUCAUCGUUUUCUUCAUCAUCUUUGUGGUGUUCCUGGCCUGAUGGCGAAGGCGACGUGGUCACCUGUCCC